AUGGAUCCUACAGACCCAGCCCUCCUCGAUGUGGACUGGGAGAACCAGUUUGGUACUCUCCAGCUUGAAUCGGGUCCUCUUGAUCCCAUCGUAGCCAGUCUGAUGGGCCUCAACAUCGGCAGCCAGCGUCGCAAGCGGGACUCGCGCUCCCCAGAAUCGCUCGUGGGCAGGAUCCGUCUCAACUCGAACGCUGCCAACGGCAGCCACCAUGACACCGAGGGAUCGGGAUACCGGCCCCGCCGCCGCCGCUCGUCGUCACCCGACUCGCCUCCCACACGCCGCUCGAGCUCGAGCUCGAGCUCGAAUCAAGGCGAACCCGUUCCUCCUGGUCCCACGAUUGGCCAAUUUGGGACCACUAUGGACACGAGGCGGGAACUGACCUCGAUGUUCAGCGCACCUUGCCUCUAUGGUCUAGACCCCACUCGCCCAGGUAACGGCCGCUCCCUUCUCGCUUUUGACUUUAAGCGCGAGUUGCUGGUCAUUCGCACCGAGUUUGAAGUCGAGCAGAAGCUCGUCAAAGACCUCCCGCCAGUGUUCAGGCCUGUCAACGCCGAGCUUCCCUUCAGUGACAUUUCCCGCCAUGGCAUCCACUUUGUCGAGGAGGCGCGCCAGGGUGGCAGGACCACCCUCGUUGUCACCGUCGCCUUUCGCCGUCCGCCGCGCUUCUUCACACCGUUUGAAAAGGAUGUGGCGAGGUUCAACGAGCAUGCAAUGGCGCGGGGCAGGGCGGUAUACCGUCGUCGCGCCACUGCAAUGGACUUUGCGGUUUCCGAGACUAAAGAGAAGGACGCUGGCACUUUGCGGGCUAUUCCAGAUGGAAGCGUUGCUAAUCCAAUCUUCUGCAACGCGUACCGGUGGACCUUUCACCUCAACGAUGCCGAGGUCGGCCGUUUCAAGGCCUGUGCCAACAAGCUGCGCAUGAUGGACGACGAGAACCCAGACGCAGCUCUCGUUUCCACCGAGAAGCGGGAAAAGGCUCGCGAGGUGCCUCGUGUCAUGCAGGAUUGGUACACUCCCGACCUUUCAGAGCACGACUUUGAGACCCGCGCCCUCAUCGAAGGCCUCAUUGGCAACGGCAUCCUCCGCCCCGGCGACGUCGUCGCGCUCAUGAAGGCGUUGAAGAUGCAUGCGCCAGCCCCCAUGUUCCGCCACCGUCUUCUUGAGAGCCUGUUCACCGAGGAGAGGAUCCGUGACCCGGCGAGGCUCAUCCCUUUCCGCGCCAACAACAUGCGCUUGGGUAACAUGCGCAUGCUGGACCACGUUGUGCGUAUCCGCACUGUUCAAGUAACGCCCACUCGCAUCCUGGUGGGACCUCCGCAAGAGGAGACCAGCAACUCUGUGACCCGCCGGUACCAUGACAAGCUCGACGCCAUCAUCCGAGUUCAGUUUGUGGACGAGGGCGACCGCUUACAUAUCCUCGACUACACCAAGCAUGCCGAUAAGAUGCUGCCCCAGGUGGGCCUCAUGGCGCGCAUCCGCCGAACUCUGCAGUAUGGUAUCAUGAUUGCUGGGGAGCGGUACUAUCCUGUCGCCUCGUCAUCGUCUCAGCAGAAGGACCACUCAAUUUGGUUCAUCAACCACCGUGUCAUUGACCGUGUCGCGCUGUCCAAGUGGAUGGGAACGCCCAAGGAGAAGGUCGUGGCAAAGUACUCGGCGCGCAUGGGUCUUCCGUUCAGCGGAAGUCGCGCUGUCGACAUCAAGAUCUCCCUGGGUAGGAUUCCCGACAUUGAACGGGACAAGGAGUGCUUCACAGACGGCUGCUCCAUGGCCGGGACGCAAGUCAUGGCCCAGUCCGCCCAGGCGCUCGGUAUCACCUGCGGCCUCGAUGCCAACCCCUCUGCGAUUCAGUUCCGUCUCGGUGGCGCCAAGGGUGUUCUCUCCUGCUGGCCAGAGCUGGUGUCCGAGUACCAGCUCCUCCUCCGCCCGUCGCAGGAGAAGUUUGACAGCAAAUUGAAAGACCUCAACGUCAUUAGGGUCGCUCGCUACCAAGUGGCGUUCCUCAACCGCCAGUUUAUCAUGAUCAUGUCUGCCAACGGCGUUCCCGACUCUUUAUUCCGUGAAAUCUUUACAGCUGCAGUCAUCAACAUCAAGGGAAUGCCAGGUCGUGUGCGGAAGGGAAUCCUCACCGCCGAGGACCAGAAGUACAUGCAAAUGUACACUGAUUUCCCACUUCCCACAAUCAUUCAGAACGGCUACCACACCAACCCCAUGGUGCUGGACAUGUGCCGCCUCGUCGAAUGCAUCUCUGACGAGUCUGGCACUCUGAAAGAGAACGAGAUCUUCUGUCAGUACCAAGAAACCGACACCCACGACCCCAAGGUGAUCACUGGCGAGGUGCUGGUCUGCCGCGCACCGGCCUUGCACCCUGGCGACGUCCGUCGUGCCCAAGCCGUUGACCUACCUCAUCUGCGCCACCUCAAGAACGUGGUCGUGUUCAACACCGCUGGCAAGCGCGCGUUCCCAAACAUGCUUGGCGGUGGUGACCUCGACGGCGAUGACUACACGAUUAUUUGGGACCAGCGCUUCGUCCAGCCGCUCAAGGUCUACGAGGCGAUGGACUACUCGGCGCCGAAACCACUCACUGUCGAGCGAGUCACCCAGAGUGACCUCAAUGAGAACUUUGUCCAGUACAUUCUCAACGACGUCCUCGGGCAAGUAGACAAUGCGCAUCUAGGCCAGUCGGACCUGUGUACCCCCUUCAACAAGAUCCCACUCCUUCUGUCCGAGGUUCACAGUUGGGAAAUGCUGACCAGGGCCAGCGUGGACUUUGCGAAGACCGGUCUCGCAGUUACACUCGACCCAAGCUGGAUUCCUGAGAAGUGGCCUGACUUUAUGGGCAAGCCAGACAACAAGACCUUUCAGCCAGACAACAAGACCUACGACAGCCAGAAGAUCCUUGGCCAGCUGUUCCGUCUCGUCGACCCAGCACCAGUAUACGUCCCCGCCGACAUCCGCAAGUUGGGAUUCCCAUUCGAGCCCCACAUGCGCGACAUUGCGCUCCACCCGGAGCUUCUUCAACUCCUCCUCAAGUACAAGAUGACUUACGAGAACAUGAUGACCUACACCAUGCGGCGGUUCAAGGUCGAGGAGGUGGAGCUUGUGACUGGUAUCGCGACCCAGACGAAGCAGCGCAAGCGGUCCCGGGAGCUGAACCACCUCCACGAACCCCUGCGCGACUCGUUCAACAACCACGUCAAGACCAUCCGCGAAGAGGUCGAGGCUGAAGUCGCAGCUGCCAACUUUCCGUUCGCAGCCACGCCCGAGGUGAUCGCUGCGCACGCAUAUGCGUUGACGUACGGCCAGAAAGAGGUCGAGGCGUGGGAGAAGCACCUCAUGAUGGGUGCAUGGGGCGGUAUGAACCAUGGCGACAUGGAGACGCUGCGGCCGAGGCCGAUGAUGAGUUUUGCGUGGGUGUGGCAGGACGCGCUUGUCCAAGUGGCCCAGCUGAUGGGUAUGGGCCCGUGA